AUAUGGCAGAGCUCUUUAGCGGCAGCAGUAGCUCUCACUGCAACCUUAAAAAGGACCUCAAAAACACCAAAAUACCGCCUCCACGAUCUUUGCUGCUCCUUGGGGAUGAUUUUUGGAUGACCGAAGAGUCGGCUUGCGAUCAGACGACCGCUCGGGACCGCCUCUGACGGGAGAAAGUGGGUGAAAAAAACACAAAUCCUCCCGCUUUACCCUCCUGGCGAAAACGGCAAAGUCAAUGCGGCGCUUGAGGACUCGGCUGCAGCUCCGUCACCUCUCACUUUCCGCCGGUCACAUUUAACUUCAACAGCAAGGAACACGGCACUUGGCCAGCCUUUGGAGCCGACGAGCGACCUUUUCUGGCCGAGACGGAGGCAGACAGCUGGCUCGGGCUGAGAUAAGAUAAAAGAAGAGGGGGAAGGCCAGCUCUCCGUUGGGUUUCACCCCUUUUCAGCCUUUUCAGCCACUAUGGAUUGGCUUAUGGGGAAGUCCAAGGGAAAGCCAAAUGGUAAGAAGCCGCCCACAGAGGAGAAGAAGCAGUACUUGGAGCCAGACUACACCAAAGUGAGGGUUGUUGACUUUGACCUUAAGGAGCUGGUCGUGUUGCCACCAGAAAUCGACCUGAACGAAUGGCUCGCCAGCAACACCACAACAUUCUUCAAUCUCAUCAACCUGCAGUACAGCACAGUGUCAGAGUUCUGCACAGGCGAUACGUGUCCCGUCAUGUCCGCCUGCAACACGACAUACUACUGGUAUGAUGAGAAGGGAAAGAAAACUAAAUGCACAGCGCCACAGUAUGUAGACUUUGUCAUGAGUUCAGUCCAGAAACUCGUCACUGAUGAGGACAACUUUCCCACUAAGUAUGGUAAAGAGUUCCCGAAUGCCUUCGAUUCACUGGUGAAGAAAAUCUGCAGAUACCUGUUCCAUGUGCUGUCCCACAUCUACUGGGGUCACUACAAGGAGACGGUGGCAAUGGACCUGCACGGACACUUAAACACCCUCUACACACAUUUCAUCGUUUUUAUAAGGGAAUUCAAUCUGAUGGACCCCAAGGAGACUUCCAUAAUGGAUGACCUGACGGAGGCUCUGUGCACGCCCCUGCCCCAAACACCACAGAACCACGUCACAGAGAGAUGAGGCCCAUAGCCCUCUCUGGUCCUGCCAAGCUGGGGUCCCCCGCCCCCCCCAACCCCAGGGAGGAGAGAAGGACUACAGCUGGUGCUGGAACUCUCAGCCCUUCAACCGCCCUCAACAUUGCUCUCUUUUAGGACCCAGUCAGUCAGGAGUGAUCAGCCAGGCCUGCAAAGGGGCAGCACAUGCUGAAAAUUCUCCUGAGGUUGUCCUGUCUGUGAGCCUAGCCCUUUAACCAGGAACGAUUCAGAACUUUCUUGCUCCCUCCCUCCACCAUAACCCCCCUACUUUUUUUUUGGGUUUCUUCUUGGCCCCUGCACUGUUGAGUUUGGGAAUCUUGCUGGUUUUUUUUUGUUUGUUUUUUUUUUCUUUCUAUGAUCCAGAGUGACAUUAGCGCUUCCCCUUUCAGCUUAGAGUAACAGAACGUGAGGAAGCUGAUUGCAGCACUACUUUUGUAGGCCAGGUUGUCUACCCUUCUCUUCAGUUUCCUUAAUAACAUAACAUUAUUCUCUCCUACUUUUAGUUCGUCUCCCCCUAUUUGUUCACCUUGAAUCCUCUCAGUCUGACUACUUUCCACGAACUGCUCUUUUACCCAGCAUCUCUGUAUCUGACAAAAUUGCUGCACCUUUGUUUUCCUUAUUAGCAUAACCAUAUUAGAUAAUCUAGAGAUCUAGAGAGACUUUACUGCCCCUCGGUGGUCUUGUGGUCAGGUUUGACCUCCUCCUGCACUGGAGCCUCCCGCAGGCAGUCAUGUUGGACCGAUCCAGGGAGCCAUGUUGGCCGAACGUCUGCGCUUCAUGGUGCUUUCCCUUCACACGCAGCACGACGACAAAGACAAUGCUUUUGUCUGCUCUACGUUUGAAUGCUGUUCUCUUGGGCAGAAACAAAAAAGCCCAGGCUACUAAAGUCCCCCAUAGUUAGUAGGUCCAGUCGAGGUACAUCCCACAUUUAGCGGAAAAAAAGCAUAAGUGAAAAUAAGGCUAAGGGAAUAAUCGGGCUGGGAUCAGUGGCAAAGACAUGUAAUCAUGUCCGAAUCUACGUAUCAUCUUGGCUCGCUUUGCAAGGACACUUUCUAAAUGGAAACAGUGGAAAAGAAUGUAAAUCUAGUCUUUCUGUAUUUAACUGUUUAAGGCUAUUAUCCAGAGCGAGUGAGUGUGCGAAAGAGAGAGAGAGAAAAGUGUAAGUAAGCACGAAAGAGAAAAAAAGAUAUUUUAAAGUCCUCCCUUCAUCACUGUUCAGAGAGUUCUCUUAGGCCGAGGUUCUCUUGUUAGAGGGUUGGAUGUUUUUCAUUUUAAUUUAUUCUUUUUUUUUUUUUUUCCAAUUUGGUUUAGUUCUGGCAUUUUUUUCAGGGCUCCUCAGUUCUGGCUUUCAUUUUUAUGUAUUUUAAUAAGUUAAAAGCGAUUUAAUAUUUUAAGCUCUGCAAAUUAUAACCUAAUAAAAUAUUUUAAGUGUCACAAA